AUGUCGAAAAUGUCUACAAUUUCUUCAAAAAGGGCAGUUGUAGUAGCUGAAGCGGCAGCAUUGCAAGAGAAACUUGCUGCUCACAAGCGCCAGAAUGAAUGCCAGAUGGUGUUAGAACGCCUCGAGAUGGAAGAAGAUGCUCGAAGGAAAGAAGCCUCACUCAAGAUAAAACAGCUACGAAGAAAACUAGAAGAGGAACGCCUAGAAGGUGAACUAAAGGCACAGGAGGCAAUGAUAAGAGUGUAUGACGAAGUAGAAGAUGAUGGUGCGUCAACAGAUACGAUGAGAUCGACAAAACAAUUGAUUAAAUCCCCUAAUCAAGAUGACAAAAGGGUUAAGUCGCAAAAACAUGACGCCUCCAUCGAUCCUCCUCUCACAAAGAGCAAGGCCUUAAAUCCUGAUUCACCCGUCUUCCAGCCAUCUCAUUCUUCAAGCGAGGCCCAACAGAAUGAAAGUCUAGCAGAAGUUCUCACUCGAACGAUGACACUUAGUCGGUUACUAAUUCCUGAGCCUCCAGUAUUUAUGGGUGAUCCUCUCCAAUAUCCUGACUGGCUAUCAGCUUUCACAACUUUAAUUGAAUGUCGUGGAAUUCCCUCUGGUGAAAGGAUACACUACCUAAGAAAGUACAUUGGAGGAUCAGCAAGAGAGGCUGUCAGCGGCUUCUUUUUGCUGAGGUCUGAGAAAGCAUAUGAACAAGCCAGAGAAAUACUUGAGAAGCGUUUCGGCAACCCCUUCACCAUUUCAGAAGCCUUUCGAUCCAAACUUGACUCAUGGCCGAGGAUCGGCAAUAGGGAUUCCAAAGGCCUUCAGAAACUUUCAGAUUUCUUGCAACAAUGUCUUCAAGCAUCAUCAGAAAUCAAAGACUUGGAAAUCUUAAAUGACAUUCGGGAGAUGAGCACAAUUUGCAUGAAACUUCCGGAUUGGAUUGGACACAGAUGGAAUCGCACGGUAGCGAAAGUCAAAAAAGACAAUGGCAGGUAUCCAUCAUUCAGAGAAUUUGUCUCAUUUCUAUCAGAAGAAACUGAUAUUGCCAAUGAUCCGUAUGUUACAUAUGACACAGUAAAGGCAGGAAAAGACAAGAAUCAUAACGAUGCUUUCCAGAUACAGGAAGAAAGCAAGAAUCCUACAUGUCGUCAACAAAGGACAACCUUCUCUGUAGCCAGCAAGACAAGCACUACCCAGAAGACACGUGUACUCUGCACACGGCAGAAUCAUGUGUUGAAUGAGUGCUGGGACUUCAAUCAGAAAACUUUGGAGCAAAGGAGAGAUUUAGUGAAGAAAGAAGGUCUUUGCUUCGGAUGUCUCUCCAAAAGUCAUAUGUCAAAGCAGUGUCAAAAGAGGGCUGAGAGCAAGAAGUGCAACAAGCGCCACCCAACAAGUCUACACAAUGAGACACUAAAUCAGCUGUCUACGGAAAGAAAAUAUGAUCAAAGUGAGGCACAGUCUACUCAGACCAAAGAAGUUACCAAGGAGAAAGAAGCUUCUUGCAACAGAGUCAGGUCAUAUGUAGAUGUUUCUCUCACAUCGAUGGUGCUGCCUGUUUACCUAUCUAGUUUGGAUGACCCUCAGAAGGAGAUACUAGUAUAUGCCUUACUAGAUACGAUGUCGGAUACAACAUUUAUCACAGAUAGUAUUGGAAAUGACCUUCAGGUGUCCCCUGAAACUGCGAUGUUAAGUUUGACUACAAUGACAGAUUCCAAAACAAUUCCAUGUAGGAAAUUCAAGAAUAUUGUCGUUCGAGGUUUUAAGUCAGCAGUAAAGAUACCUCUUCCUGCUGCAUACUCCAGGAACUCCAUCCCUCUUGAUGAAGCUCAUAUCCCCACAGAAGAGACAGCCAACAAGUGGACUCACUUAAACAAUCUCUCGAACCAGCUCGCACCAAAGCAAGAUUGCCCCAUAGGUCUGCUCAUUGGAUACAAUUGUGCCCGUGCUCUUGCACCAAAGAAUUGCAUUCUUGGAAAGAAUGAUGAGCCAUUUGCAGUAGAGACGGAGUUGGGAUGGAGCAUCGUCGGUGGUUCUCAGAACGACUCCACAGAGAGCUUUGACACGAUUGGGCAGACAUAUCGUACUGUCAAUGUGAAGGUAGCAGAUCCUAAUCUGACAGACAGUCAGUCUAAUGUGAAGUACAUUUACAAGACACAGUUAAAGGAAGUUACUGCUGGAGACUUCCUUCAGAUGAUGGAAAGAGAGUUUCAUGAAUUAGACAGAAAGGAAACGAUGUCUCAGGAAGACAAGAAAUUUCUAAAGAUCAUCAAAGAUGGAAUCCAUCAAAGGGAUGAUGGGUAUUAA